UUGGGUUGGAGGAGAUCAUAAUAACCUUAAAUGUAGCUGUGAUUUUAUGACCAUACAAGUGUUCAUCUCACGGCAGUCUGUAUUGCAAAAACGGAACUUGUGAAGUAAAUAAUGGAUGUUUUGUCCUGUCUUUCAUCAUGUUGAAGAUGAUUGAGCUGGGCCUGAGCCUGGCUGAUGGCAGUCUGAUCGACGAGCUGAUGGAGCUGACAUCACAGAGCCUCGGUAACCUGGAGAUCCAGGAACACUUCAACAUCAUCAAGGAGAUCGGCAGGGGGAAGUUCGGCAAAGUGCUGCUGGUGACACAUCGCUUCAGGGGGACUCCCAUGGCCUUGAAAGUGAUGCCCAAAGCCUCGACUAAGCUGCAGGGCUUUCUGCGAGAGUACUGCAUCUCCUUACACCUGUCUUGCCACCCCUGCAUCGUGGGCCUCUUUGGCAUUGCCUUCCAGUCUAAUGACCACUACUGCUUUGCACAGGAGCUCGUCAUUGGCAGGGACCUGUUUGCUGUCAUCCAGCCAAAGGUGGGUAUCCCAGAGUCUGCAGUAAAACGCUGUGUUCUCCAGGUUGCCAGUGCGUUGGAGUACAUUCACAGCCAUGGCCUGGUCCACCGUGAUGUCAAGCCUGAAAACAUCCUGCUGUUGGACAACCACUGCUGCCAGGUCAAGCUGGCAGAUUUUGGCUUAGCCCAGAAGAGAGGCACUCUGAUCCGCUUCAUCACAGGAACCCUGCCUUACAUGGCCCCAGAGCUUUGUACUAUGGCCCUGCUGGAUGGCAAGAAAGAAGUGACUGCUCCUCCUCUCAGUGUGGAGCCAAGCCUGGACACCUGGGCUUUCGGAGUGGUUAUCUUCUGCGUCCUUACAGGCUAUUUCCCCUGGGAAUGCUGCAUGGACUCAGACGACUUCUACCUGGAGUUUGCAGACUGGUGCAGAAUGGAGGAGAGGCCCACCGCUGAGGAAGAUAUUCCUCCUCUGUGGAAAAGAUUCACUCCAGAUGCCAUGGAGAUGUUUGGUAAGCUCCUGGCUCCAGAUGUAGAAAAGAGGUGCACAGUUGGGGAAGUAAGGGCGUACAUGGAAAAGGACUGGCUUAGGAACGUAAAUGGGAUGGAGCAGGAGCAGACAGCAGAAAAAGAAAAAGUCAGUGCCUCUGUAAGUAAUGCUGGACAUUGCCAACUGUAAGAAAACCAUACCUCUUACA